AUGCCUGUUCAAACCUACAACAUUCCACUAGUGUUACCGAGUCUUCGAAGAGAAGAAUCGAUUAACCAAAUAGUGGAUUCGUUGGAAUAUUUGGAGAAAGUGUCUAAAGACAUAUUCACCCGAAUCAGCAAUCGAGUUGCGGAAAACAAGAAACGAUUAGAGGCCAUAAAUUAUCGGGCUGAUUUGGCACAAGCCAGAAUCGAUAAAAUAAAGGGGAUCAAGAAAGCUACGAGGGUGUUUUCGAGUGCGAAAUACCCAGCUCCGGAGAAACUUGAGCCGUAUGAAACGCUGUAUUCUGAAGAAAAUGAAUUGUCUGAAAUAAAGCGUCAAACGUACAACCUGAAUUCGAAGUUUGUCCCAGUUGAUGAACGAACAUUGAAGGAUAAACUGCAAUUCUACAACGUACACUUGAAUGUUAAGAAGAAACAGGACGAAAUGAAAGGGGAAGGGCUGGGUUCCCUUCCGAAGAAUCUUCAUUCCGUCAGUUCGUUGUUGCUUUUCAAUACUACUGAAAAUCCGUACAAGAAGUAUGUCAUGUUAGAUCCGCUUGCCGGUGCGGUUACCAAAACAAGGGCCAACAUUGAAGAAGACGAGGAAGACAUCGGAGCAGCACCCAUUUCCAUCACUCAAGGAGAAGCGCUCGACAGAUUGACAGCGCAAAAUUACUUCUACGUUCCAAACUUGGGAGAUGUACCGGAGAUUGAUGUUCCUGUGUACCUUCCGGAUCUUCCUGGGAUUGCAGAUGACCUCUCUUACAAGUACUUCUUGAGGAUUUUUUUUUAUUUUUGCAUGUAUUUAUUGAUUUCGUUAGUCAGGUAUUCAGUUAGGUAAUUGUUUGUUUAUUGGCAGAGACCAGGUCAACAUUAUGAAAUAUUGUUAGUGUAGAGUGUUAACUCAGAAGUGACUAACAUUUAAAUUCUCCUCAAAAAAAAUCCUCAUCGCAUUCAGCAAACAGGUCAUAACGAAACUUAAACUUAUCAGGUAGAAGUUGUUAUUUUAAUCUAACAGCAAAUUCUCAUAACUAAUUUACAAGGAAAUGUGUAGCAGCUAGAGAGGAGAAUUAACAAUCAGAUCUUGGGAAUGAAAGGGUUAAGGUACAGCAUUCACUUGUUUCCGCCGUAGUUGUCCGGUCUCCAUUUGUCUCAAUAAGAACUCCUGUGGUGAUUUAAGCAGUCCAUGAGAAAUUUCAAGCAGCUCAUUAAUUAUGUUAUGAGAGUUAUUGAAUCAAGGAAGAGCUAAAUCCAUUUCUGUGAUCAACGCACAAAAUAGAUUUUAGCCAUUUUAAUGCUUGCAUCACUAUGAGUCUAAGUUUUGUCUUUAUUCAAUCUACAGUGCAGAGCUUGGUCCUUCCAUAGCACCAUCAUUACCUGGUUCAAAUAUACCUGAAUUACCUGAUGUCCUGGAGGGAGAAAUACCACAGACAGAAGGAGCCCCUCCUCCCCCUCCAGCACCUGGUCCAGCUCCCCCACCCCCUCCGCCACCACCUCCUGGACCUGAUGCUCCACCGCCCCCUCCUCCCCCUCCUCCUCCACCUCCUCCAGGACCGGAAUCAGCACCUCCCCCUCCUCCUCCCCCUCCAGUGGAUGGCUCCUCAGGAGGUAAGUUAAAAACUUACAGUGAAACCUGUAUUUAUAACCCUUCACAUCCUUACAUAAGUACAAAUAUUAUCCUUACUGUUCUCCAUAUAUUUCCUAUGGUAUUGACAAGGUGAGUUUGUUAGAAAAUCAAAAGCAUCCUCAUUUUUUAUUGUUUCCUUGACUCUCAUUACCUUAAUGUUUGAUUGAGAAGUGAUACUGUUAGGAGUAACUGAAUGCAAGUCACUUUUAGGGAUUUAACGGUAAAGCGAACGUUAGAGAUACCUUCACUAGUAUCUGCUUGAUGCACAUUUUCUUUCAUGCUUACCACUAGUUUGGACCUAGUUUAAAUGUGGAACUUUCUGUGGGCCAAAUUAUUAAAGGAAGAAAAAGAUUAAUAGCUAUUUUUUUGGCAAAAACCUUUGCAGGAAAAAUUAUAAAUUCUUCUUUUUUCCAUUCACCACCCACUGUAUAUAACAAUAAUGCAGCUUGAAGGUGUUCUACUGAUGUUGAUUGUAUGAUCUAGGUGAUUUACUGGUUCUGGUUGCUGAUAAAAUUCAUCACUGUUACAAUCUUUGGUUCUUUAUAUUUGUGACAUUGUUUUUAUGUUUCUUGCCUUCAUGUCCAUCAACCAAGUAAAUUUCAAAAGUUGUUUACGAGGUGAAUCAUUUAGCAAUGUUUAAAACUAUCAAUAAACAACUAUGCGCAUGAACUAAACAUUGUUCCCCUGAUGGUACUUAAAUGUGAUCUUCCAAUGGUCAGCAGAAACCAUUUAUUCUUUAUGUUUCCACAUCUUCAUUGCAGCUCUUCCCACCGAUGUCCCUGAAGCAGUAGCAUCUGAUGGUAGGGCAUCUUUAAUGGAAUCCAUUCGCAAAGCAGGUGGCAAGGGCAAUGCUAAAUUACGUAAUGUAAAGGAGAGAAAGCUGAAGAAAAAAGCAGAGAAAGAGCAGUCUGCCGUCAGUGGUGGGGGAGGAGGUGACCUCAUGGGUGACCUCUUUGCUAAGCUGUCCAUGCGUCGAAAGGGUAUCUCCGGGUCUAAAGGUGAAUCUGGUGGAUCAUCUGAAGUGUCCACAGGUGGAGGCUCUGCAAUGGACAGGAUCUCAGCAAUGAUUCCGGCUCCUCCAAAGAGUGAUCACACAGAUUCUUUGCAUUCAGGGGGAAGUGAUGAUUGGGAUUAA